UAUCUAUAUGUGAACUUGUCAAAUAAAGGUUUAAACAAUAGGAAUUAUUCGGGCGAAAUUUGUUUGAAGGAAGGACGCAUUCUACGUACGUAAAACUCUAUUAAAGGGCACCGAAAGUUAUGAAAUGAGUCUAAAAUCUUUAUUUUCGGGUCUGCGCACGGCCGCGAUAACGGUGGCGGCGGUGCUGAACAUGACCAGUGACGAGACGUGCUUCAAUGGGAUUGGCUGCUUCUCAAACGAGGCACCAUUCAACAACGCGGCUGGCCGCCUCCCUCAGUCACCUGAUGCCAUCCGCGCGGUGUUUUCCGUGUACACUCGCCAGAACCGUAAUGUGCCGCAGGUGAUCUCCGCUAACCCCGUCCUCGUUCGCGCCUCUUUCCUGUCGCCCUACCGAAAGUCUAUCUUCAUCAUCCACGGUUAUCGGGACGACGGCCGGGAGACGUGGGUCAUGGACAUGAAGAACGCCCUUCUCAAGCAGGCUGACGUGAACGUCGUGUCGGUGGACUGGGAGCGUGGGGCAAACCAGGCCGACUACAACCAGGCCGCCUCCAACACGCGCGUCGUUGGCGCCCUGAUCGCACAGCUGCUCACUACCCUCCGCCAAUUCCGGUCGCUGAAUUAUGGAGACGUUCAUCUUGUGGGCCACAGCUUGGGUGCACAUAUCGCCGGGUAUGCUGGUGAACGCGUCAAGUCUGUUGGAAGAAUUACAGGUCUUGAUCCAGCGGGGCUGUCGUUCGAAGGGCAGCCUUCCGAGGUACGCCUGGAUCCCACAGACGCUCUGCUUGUUGACGUCAUACACACGGACGCCCAACCCAUUACUAGUCUAGGGCUGGGAGCCAAGAAGCCGAUGGGUCACGUUGACUUCUACCCGAACGGAGGAAAGGACCAACCUGGCUGUACAAGGUCGCCCCGAACGCACCUCUUUAAACUCAUCACAGGAAAAUUCAGAAGUUUUAAGAAGGGUAUCGCGUGCGAUCAUGCACGGGCUCGGGACUACUUUAUAGAGUCGAUCACUUCCACAUGCCGCUUCACAGCCAACCUCUGUCGAAGCUAUAACGCUUUCGUCCGCGGGGACUGCCCUUGUCGAACGACUCCGUGCGCGUCCAUGGGCUUCCAUGCACGUGCAAAUAGCGUUCACGGAAAAUACUUCCUUGACACGACUGAUAAGUCCCCGUUUUGUUUGGAUCGGAACUAAAUCAAUGAAAAUAUUUUAGUUUUAGUAAUCCUGCCGACAUUGGACGCGUUUAACCUUACCG